AUGUCUGCUGCCGAGACCGGGCAGAUCAAUCCGCCCGCCGCCGCUUCUCCCACCGAGAAGGACACGUCAAACCAGACCAAGGACUCCGCACCCUCCUCCACCAUGGCAGACACUCCCGCCGCCGGCGUCGCCAAGGCCCCCUUUCCCCACCCGCUGCCGCAAUGCAAGCCGCCCGCGCCUGCCAUCCUCACCACCGACCAAGAGAAGAAAUACCAGGAGCUCCUUGAGAGCGUGAAGAAAUGGGAGAAUGUCCCCAAGACGGCGGCGAAGAAGAGCGAGGAAGAGCCGCUGUCAGAUGACGAGCGCAUGUGGCUCACCAAGGAAUGCCUGCUGCGGUAUUUGCGCGCCGUCAAGUGGGCUUCGGCCGCCGCCGCCGAGAAGCGUCUGCUGGACACGGUCAUCUGGCGCCGCGAGUACGGCACCAACGGCUUCACCGCCGACUACAUCUCGCCCGAGAACGAGACGGGCAAGCUCAUCAUCCUGGGCUACGACAAUGACGGCCGCCCCUGCCUGUACAUGGACCCCUCCAAGCAGAACACGGAGAAGAGCGAUCGCCAGGUGCAUAACUUGGUGUUCAUGUUGGAGAGGGCAAUCGACCUGAUGCCCGCGGGUGUGGAGAGCAUUGCGCUCCUGAUCAACUUCAAGAACAGCACUUCGGCGAAGAACCCGUCGCUCGGCCAGGGCAAGCAGGUGCUCAGCAUCCUUCAGGGACAGUACCCGGAGAGGAAUGGCAAGUCGUUGAUCUCAGAGCUUCCGUGGUACGUUUCGACGUUCUUCAAGCUCAUCUCUCCCCUCAUCGACCCCGUCACAAAGGAAAAGAUGAAGUUCAACGAGCCCUUCGGCCAGUUCAUUCCUCCGGUCCAGUUGAUGAAGUCUUACGGCGGCGAGGUCGAGUUCGAGUACGACCAUUCCGUGUACUGGCCUACUCUCAACCAGAUGUGCGACAAGCUUCGCGCCGAAAGGAAAGCCAGAUGGGAAGCGAGAGGAAAGCAGAUCGGUGACAGCGAGUUCAUCCUUAAGGGAGGCGACGAGGCUGCCCCCGCCGAGCCGUAA